AGCAUCAGUUGCUUAUUGCUAGGUUGAUAUCACAAAAAUAAAGUAAUAUAAGCCCUAGAACAUGUCUAAUGUACAGCAUAGCAUAGCUUUUGUUGUAUCAACUGCUCUUAGCGGGAAUAUAAACAGGAAUAAUACUAGUAAACAGAUUGAAAGAUAUUGAGUAUAUAUACAAACAGAUCAAGUGGCUUUAAUUAGAAAAGGUUGAAUAAGCCACAUGUUUAUAUGAACUCUUCAAAUUGUUUAAUGUCUCCUGUCCAUCGAUGAAGUUGGUCCCACACAUUACGAAUCAUAUAUUUUAUUUAUAUCAAAUCAUAUAUCAUGUCAUAUAUUAUAAAAUAAUAUAUAGACAUAUAUAUUAUUUAAAUAUAUAGAUAACUUAAUACCAAUACUGUUUUGUUAACAUUCUAUUUUAUACAACAUUGAUUAACGAGCUUUCAAUUUUUUAUAAUAUAUAUAUAUAUAUAUAUACGUGUAUGUGUGUAUAUUGCUACGCCAUUAUUUAGUGUGCGAAGCAUGCGUUAAGUGCUUGGCAAGAAAACGCGGGUUUUUGACAUUUUAUUGGAAAGAUAUUAUAUUAUUUUCUUAUAUUUUGCCAAUUUUGUCUUCGUUUAAAUAAUUAUUCUACACGAAAUUGUAAAAUGAUUACCGAUUGUCAAUCAUUCACCGAUCUAAAUCUCAAUUCGUGGAUCAUUACUCAAUGCAAUUCUAUGGGAUUGAAGAAACCAACACCAAUUCAGCAGCAAUGUAUUCCGCGUAUACUUGCUGGUGAUAAUUGCAUAGGAUGUGCAAAGACAGGAAGUGGUAAAACCCUUGCCUUUGCACUUCCUAUAUUACAGAAAUUGUGUGAAGAUCCUUAUGGCAUUUUUGCUCUCAUAUUAACGCCUACAAGAGAACUUGCAUUUCAAAUAGCUGAUCAAUUUGCUGUUAUUGGAAAAUCAAUCAAUUUGAAAAAAUGUGUUAUUGUCGGAGGAAUGGAUAUGAUGGUACAAGGUUUAGAAUUAGCAAAAAAACCACAUGUAGUCGUGGCAACUCCUGGACGAUUAGCGGAUCAUAUAGAAAGUUGUAAUACAUUUUCUCUGGAAAAAAUUAAGUUCUUAGUAUUGGAUGAAGCUGAUAGGUUAUUAGGUGGAUCUUUUGAUAAACAACUGAAAGUUAUACUUCCAACUUUAUCUAAAGAAAAACAAGUUUUGUUAUUUAGUGCUACAAUUACAGACGCUCUUGAUAAAGCAAAACAUCUUGCCCCUGGGAAGGUGUUUAUGUGGGAAGCAAAAGAUGAAUCUGGUAUUGCUACGGUAAAAGAACUUGAUCAACGUUAUGUUUUGUGUCCUAAAGAUGCUAUUGAUUCUUUUCUUGUAGAAGUUGUAAGAACAUUUCGCACAACAAAUGAAACUGGAUCCAUUAUGAUAUUUACAGAUACUUGCAAGAAUUGCCAGUUAUUAUCUAUGACAUUAAAUGAAGUAGGAUUUAUAAAUGUUGCACUUCAUGCAAUGAUAAAACAGAAAGAACGUUUAGCAGCUCUUAAUAAAUUUAAAUCAGAUCACAUAAAAAUUUUGAUAGCAACUGAUGUCGCGGCAAGAGGCUUAGAUAUAACUGGCGUAGAAUUAGUAAUUAAUCAUACGAUACCAAAUGUACCAAAAGAGUAUAUUCAUAGAGUUGGUAGAACAGCAAGAGCAGGUAAAGGUGGUAUGGCAGUUAGUCUGAUAACACCGUAUGAUAUAAAAUUACUACAUGCAAUUGAAAGUAUUAUUGGAACAAAAUUAAUUGAAUACAAAAUAGAUGAUGAAGAAGUUGUUACGAUCUUAACUCAGGUAUCCGUAGCAAAAAGAGAAGCAGAAAUAAAAUUAGAUGAAGCUGAUUUUUAUGAGAAAAAAAUAAUUAAUAAGAGAAAACAGUUACUAUUGGAAGGGAAAGAUCCAAAAGAAAUAGAUUUAAUUUUACAGAAACAUAAAAAACGUCGAAAAUUGCAAAAAAGAAAAACAGAAAUAUCACAUAAUGAAAAUAGAUAAUACAGAUUGAAUUAUACAUUUCUAAUAAUGUAAAUAAAGUUGACUGUAUAAAGUAUAUAUUAGUAUUUGAAACGAUGAUUUGUAUUAUAGAAAAGGUACAAAAUCAUUCGUAAUUACGAAUUUAAUAAAAUUUACAUAUAUUUUAAUACAUUUUUUGCAAAAAUAUAUUACAAAGACGUUAGUUUAAAAUAAUUACGAAUAUAUUCAGUCUCGAAAAUACUUAUUAUUUUAAUGUAUCCUUUCGCCUUAAGUAAUUACGAUACACAAUAUAUUCCAUUAAUGAGAUUAUAUAUACCUCUUAUUUUUAAAAAGUAAGAAUUUUUCUAUAUUAGAUUGAUUAUAUAUUAAAUUGAUUGAUUUUUAAAAUGACAUAGCAAAAAUAAUAUUAGUAAAUUGUAUAUAUGGGUACUAAAUAACAAUUGAUGGUAUAUAUCAUAUAGACAUAGAUGAAUAUAAAGAUAUUAAUAAUAUUUAUAAUCAAUAAUCUAUUUCAGUUUAGCCUUUGGCUGUAAUUUUAUCUUUAUUCUUGAUUAAGUUUAACAUCCUUAAAAAUGCAUGAAGUUCUGCUAUAUAUUCUUUUGGAUAUUUCCGAUAAUGUCCUACAUGGGGUGAUCCAUCAAAUAUUUUAACAUAAGUCUGCAAUUAAAUAAAUUGAGAUUAAUUGGAAAAAAUAUUUAUAUUGUUAGAAAAAUACCCAUAUAAAUAUUCAUCUUUACCUUUAUACCUAAGGAAUCCCAUGAAUCUCUUACCCUCAUAUUACUACUUACUGGUCCCACAGGAUCUACAUUACUUACAAGAAAAAGUGCUGGACUCCGUAUCAAAUUUGUAUGAAACAUCUGACUAGAGCGAAGAUUGCAACAAAGGAUUAUUAGGAAAUAUAGCACGUGGCGUGCCUAUAAUAAAUUCACUAAUAUCUGCAGCACUGUCCCAUACAUGACCAAUAAUUCUAUCAAUAACAUUAUUAUAUUUUUCACGAUUGCUAUGUACAUAAGUUAAAACUUCGCCCCAUAAAUAG